CUUCCACCCCCAUCCUAUGAUUUGCCCUAAGCCCCAGGGGAAGGUCUGUGAUAUUUCCACAUCGACCAUGAGUGGGCUGUUGAAGCGGAAGUACGAGGAGCUGGAAGAUGACUCCACUUGCUCUUCAUCUUCGUCACCAUCCUCGUCUGCCACCUCUUCCGGAGGGGAAUCUGACGAGGAGUAUGCGUGCAGUCCGAUGCCUUCGAUUAAGGAUUUCACCCCCACGUCCAUCUUGAAAAAGGCAAAACGUGUUAAGAAAAACAAUGUGGAGUUUGACAGCGUGCUCGUCUACUACUUCCAGCGAUGCCAGGGGUUCACGAGCGUUCCCAGUCGAGGGGGGUGUACUCUUGGAAUGAAGCGCAAGCAUUGCUCCAGCAGGCACUACACAAUGGAAGAGUUUUCCAAGGAGCAGCUGAAUCGUCGGAGGGAGAAACUGAAGGAACGAUUAAAAGAGGAGAAACUUAUGGCUUUAAAGAAUACGUUCACUAUGAAUGGCACCAUUGAGUCCGAAAAGGCCAAUAAUCUCACUAUCGACGACAUCUGCGAUGAAGACAUCGAUAUGACUGACGGAGAGGUUGAAGACGGCUUCUGUCCUCGCAUGUACCCCGCCAAGAAACGACGAGCUUUGCUGAAAAGUGAGGGAGUGAAGAAGAUAGACAAAUCCGAAAAGCACGAGCUGAAUGAGAUCAGGAGGUCGAGAGAAGACUGCGGUUGUGAUUGCGUGGACUUCUGCGAACCAGAGACCUGCAGUUGUAACCUGGCAGGAAUAAAGUGUCAGAGAGAUCAUUCAACUUUUCCAUGUGGCUGUUCGAAGGAUGGUUGCGGCAACAGGAACGGAAGAGUUGAGUUCAAUUCGUCCAGGGUUCAGACCCAUUACAUCCAUACAGUCAUGAAACUGGAGCUGGAGGAGAAAAGCCAGAGUAGCGAAAGCAACGACGAAACGGAAGACUCUUGUGGGGAACUGCUUAAUCCGUUCGGGUAUCCGCCAGCCGUAAACAUCAAUGAAGAACGGACCGUCCCUACGUCCCCGCCGCCCUCCUAUCAGUUCAGUAUGAGCUUGGAUGCCGCUGGUGAAAACAGCUGCAGCAGCGACAUAACCGACUUCUCCACCUCGUCCUGCCACAGCGAAGACUCCGAAGAGCCAUUUGAAACUACCCCUGACAAAUCCCAGUCGGAUGUUGACGAUGACUAUCUGGCAAGGAUUCUUCACUUCAACGACUCUGAAUACGAGGAGAGCAGCAGCGACUGCCAAGAUAACUUAAGCUUUUUCCAUUCUGCGGAUUUCUUCUGUGAUAAUGUUUACGACGCUCUUUCGAGAACAGAAAAACCAGCGAGCGGGACCUUCUCGUGCUCGUUAUCAAAUGUUUCCAAGUGCAUGGAUGAGAACGCAAACCAAGGAGGUGAUUGUUCUGUUGAUAGAACAUCUGUAACCACCUCGGUUGACUCUACGGUUUCUGGAACACACACAGAGGCACCUUUGAAAACCUAUCCCGAUAUCAACCUUUCCUCCGAUUGUUUUGAACUUGCCUACCCGGAUUAUAAUUUGGGACCUCUUUACAACUCUUUGAAGGAAUAUGAUCACUCGUCGUAUCAGCCAAUUAAUAUCCCUGGCGUGUCCCAGAGCUCAGACUCCCAUGCAAACUUUCUGGAAUCCUUAAUUGGCUCGUCCGAAUCCAUUCCCGAUACGCUCGUCCCUUUCAUGGAUAAUCAACUCCUGCUUGAAGAUGCCUUCAAGUCCUCUUUCAUGGAAUCUCUCAUAGUCUAAAACAUAUUUGGGUAACAGACUUUUGUGAAUUUAUACAUAUAUUUAUGUUACAGCAAUUAAAUGGAAGGAAUGUUUAUAGGAAUUUAUUUAUUUUUUUUUUUUU